AUGACGACGGAGGUUGCAACCGUUGCACCGGCAACAGAUCCACAUGCAUCCCCUCCUAUCACCAUCAUUUUAACCAUUAUUCUCCUCGUCAUUUUCUUUAUUGGCUUCUUCACAAUAUACUUUUGCAGGUGUUUCAUGCAAAAUGUUCUUUACACAUGGAAUACCCGUCAUAACCCUCCUGGGACACAGAUGGGCGGUCCAGGAAGCAGUGGCCCCCCUGGACUCGACCCACAUAUUAUUAAUACUUUCCCUACUUUUAUCUACUCUGAUGUUAAAGAAUUUCGGCGUGAAACAUAUGGGUUAGAAUGUGCUAUAUGUUUAUGUGAAUUUGAGAACGACAAUGUCCUUCGACUUUUAACAAAGUGUUGUCAUGUUUUCCAUCAAGAUUGUAUAGAUCUUUGGCUUGAGUCACAUAAAUCAUGCCCUUUUUGUCGACGUGGCCUCGAAACACCGUUUGCCUCACCAGCAAAAUCUUCGGUGUCACAAAAUAGUACAUCCAUGCAUGAGAUCCAAGAAAAUGAGUUGCUUGAAGACACAUUUACUAUCAAUAUUAGGGAUGAAAAUGAAAGGAACAACAAUACGGAUACCAAAGAAGACAACAAGAAAGAAAAGCAUGUAAAUAUUGAUAUUGAUCGAGGAGAAGUUAAGAGAACAGAAAAAUUUCCAAGAAGCAACUCCACGGGUCAUUCGGUUACUAAAAAUAGUAAGGCAAGUGAGGACGAAGAUAAAUUUACAUUAAGAUUGCCCGAACAUAUACAGGCAAAACUCAUUCGUGGACAUAAUUGGACACGAAGUUGUACAGAGUUUGGAGAAUUCAAAACUAGAACUUUCGCUAGUAGUACAGGAUUUGGUGAGGCGUCGACAUCUAGAGAUGUAAGCAAAGUAUAA